UGAGGCCCUCUGGGAGUCGUAGUCUUCGGGAAGCACGGCAGGCUGGAGCGAGAUUUGUGGCCAUCGCGAUACCAGGUGCGGGGGGUUGCUGCGAUACGGCGGCACUGCCCGCGGGAUGAUGGCGGCUGAGGGGCGCGAGAGAAGUUAAAAAGUAAACGAAUAUGGCCAGCGGUAACAGACCUCCCACAGCUCGUUCUGCUUCAAGAGCAGGAAUAGGGCCGACCUCUUCAUCAAGGCCUGCCUCUUCAUCAAGGACUCCAUCAGCAGGCAGAAUAGGAACAGCGAUGCCUCCUGGUACAGCAAGACCUGGUUCUCAUGGGGGUUCUUUGACUCCUGGAGGAGUCUUAUCAUCUCAGAUUAAAGUUGCAGACCGUCCAGUGACUCAACAGGGAUUAAGUGGAAUAAAAACUGCAGUGAAAGGUCCUCAGAGACAGAUAAUGGAUAAAACAUACUACCUUGGGAUGCUAAGAAAUAAAACAAAUGAACUUACAGCAGAAAUUAACAAGCUGCAGGAAGAAGCAGAAAUGUACAAGCAAGAGAAAUCUGCCUAUUUGUCCUAUGAAAAAAGGGCAGAGGCUUUAGCUGGUGAAAUCCAAGAUUUGCAAGGUCAACUAGCAGACUACAACAUGGUUGUGGAUAUACUUAACACCAGAACAGAUAUGGCAGAGGUGAUCCGUGAUUACAACAUGUUAAAGGUUAAGAAUGACCGAGACGCUCAGGAUAUAGAAAAAGUUUUCACAAAAAGACAACUCUUGGAAAAGAGAAUUAAAGACUUAGAAGAGAAUAUUGAAUGUGAAAAGGUUGCGGCAGAUGACAUAAUGAAAGACAUGUCGCAGGAAAAUCAAGCUAAAUAUAUGGAGCUAAAAGCUGCUAAUGAAAAACUCUCCCAGGAGUUGGUUGUUCAACAGCAGGAAUUGGAUGCACUAAAUGUAAAGGAAGAGAGUCUAAGAGCUGAAAUAGCACACUCUGAGGUGAGACAGAGAGCUGUGCAGAUGUACGAAAAGCUCCAUGAACUUAAUGAACAUCGAGAUCAAAUGAUUGCUGAGGAAAAGAGCAUGGAGUCUCCAGAGGAGGAAAGAGAGAGAUUACUAAAGCAGGUUAAAGAUGAUAGUCAGAAAAUUGCAAGCAUGGAAAGACAGUUGUCAGAAGUAAAAGAGAAAACAGAUUAUUUUAAAAAGGUCAUUCAACGAAUUGAUAUGGAUCUGGAAAACCAACGAGGAGAAGAAAACUGGAAAUACAGGGAAUUGAAGAAGAGGGAAGAAAGUAUGGACAAUUUUCUAGAAACUUUUGAAGAUGUGAAGAAUGAGGAAUUGGAAAGAAAGGCCCAAAUAGAAGCCAACAUUGUUGCACUCCUGGAGCACUCAAGCAGGAAUCUGAAUCAUAUGAAACAAAUUUCAUCAGUUACCAAUCAAGAGCUGAAGAUUAUGCAGGAAGACCUCACGUUCAAAUCAAACGAAAUGCAGAAAUCACAGAGCACUGCUAAGAAUCUGAUUGCAGAGAGUCAAAAACUGCAGAUGGACCUACAGAAGAUGGAACUGUUGGAAGGCAAGAUGGUUGGUGAACUGGCUUCUCUUAAAGACAAAAUGGAACAGACAAAAGCAGAGUUGGAGAUCUAUAAUAAUUUACCAGCUCUGAAAGCAUCAGGAGAAGAAAAGAAAAAGAAACUCCAGGAUGACAAAGAAAAAUUAACAAAACGCAGCCGUGCUUUUAAGAAAAUAAUGGAGCAUUUGAAUACAGAGUAUGAGACACUAAAGAAGGAACUGGAAGAAAAUGAGAUCCAUUCUCAGCUUACAAAUUUGGAGAGGAAAUGGCAGCACCUUGAACAAAAUAACUUUAUGAUGAAGGAGUUCAUAGCAACAAAAAGUCGGGAGAGUGACUACCAGCCAAUAAUGAAGAAUGUGAGAAAGCUGGUCAAAGAACACAAUGAAGCUCUCAUAGAAGCUUUACAGAACACCAAGAACUGAACCCAGGCAUUUCCUUCCUGCCCGAAUGGACCAAAAAUGAGAGAUGUUACGGCUAAGGCUGUAUGGAAAGCUGGACUACUGAGAUCAUUCAUUCACCACUAGAGUGACAGAUAUUCUCAAAAUUAUUUUUUCCAGGUUUUUAGAAGUUACAGGUGUUAAUACUGUCUGUCCUUUUGCACUGUUUAUCUUUUUUUGUAAUAAACAGUUGAAUUUUAGAAACAAAAAGGAAAUACUGCCCAAUGAGUUACUGAGGCCCAUGGCUGAAUCACAUCUAAAAUGUGAAAUUUUAGUCUGCUUUACACACUGAAUUUCUAAUUGCCUUGUAGUACUACCCCUGCCAAACAGAACAGGAGGACUGCUUGACAGGCUGCCAUAUGCAUUAUCUUAAAUUACGUGUAUAAUAACAUAAACUGUAGUAUCAGCAUACCAGACCUCUAUAGAUAGCAAGUAAGGAAAGUAUCUAAGGAUGACAAGCAUUUUCUAAAGCCAAAAUUGCAUCAUAGUGUAAAAUCUCACAAUAAAAGCAAAUUUCAGCAAAUUCUCCAAAAUAAGGGAGAAUUAACUUCCUUAUUUUUUAAGUGUAAUUCUAAAGAUCAAACUCAGAUAAAAGAACACUACUAACAGUGAUUUUGUGUGGAGCAUUUUACUGCUGUAGUAUUCACCAGUAAAGGAAAUAGCAGAGCAAAUUACUUGUAUUUUCUGCUAUGUUUUUUCCCUCAAGUUUCAAGCAGCAGUGUCAUAUGGAACCUCUGACAAAAAUCUACAAGGAAGAGUUUCAACAUAGAACAAAAACAGGACUUGUAUAGAAAAUAACAAUGUGCUUUGUGAUACAGAAUUUUCAGAAAAUGUUCAGAUAAAAAAAUAUUUCCAUUUAUAUAUUUGUCUCACAUUCUACAUGUCAUGUUUUUAUAAACUGCUUAUUGAUCAUUUCUUUCACCUGGUGUAUUGUAAGCUACUCCUAAUCAAAUAGAAAAAGCACAGUUCAAUAUAGAUAGAAAUCUUAGCUAAACAGUAAGCUAGCCUUGUGAAAGAAAUGACUAAAAAGCAGUGGGAUCUGUAUUUAUAGUUGUUCUGAUCUCUUAUAAAAGUUUUCCAGAACAGAGGUAGACUAAGCAUCUUACUUUAUGAAACUGGAGUAGAGAAAUUAUUAGGAAAUAUUCUGAGUCCAUUAAAAUAGUUCUAUAUUUUUGUCACUAAAUUUCUUCAAAUCUGAGAUUAUAAUUUUGAGUAUAAAGAAAUCUGUAAGCUAAAAAUAUUGAAAUUUGUGCAGAAAGCACUGUGUUUGCUAAUUCAGCACACUUAAUUGUGUUGCUCUAUAUAUUUAGAAUAUUUAGAGAUAAUGGAACAGGAUUUCUAUAAACUAAGGACUGUUAUCUAGGGGAAAUUCCCAUUAAAGUCUCUUCCUUCCUGUCAGAGUUUCAGCUAUUCCAGAGAAAGCCCAUUAUUUGCAGAGAUAAAGUUGAAGUCUAAUAUUCUUACCAAUCAAACCAUCAGCCAGAGAGAUCAUCUCCUGAAUUCCACUUGUGCUAGAAUAACAUAUUGUAAUGAACAGUGGAAAAAGGCUGCAGGCUGAAUAAACAGACUACUUUGACUUUGCUUUCUCUGAGGGCAGGGGAAGGUUUUAUUCCUUGGUAGUGAUUCUGUAAGAUAGCAUGGUAAAGUUUACAGGUUUUUGCUGUGUUCCCAGGAGGUGCCUGUCAUGAAACCCCUUUCUCCAGCAUGCUUUUGUUUUCCUUUUUCUACUGAAGGAUCUUCAGAUAACAUGUUUCUGUGUAAGAAUCUUAUCACUCAUUCUUUCUCUUAACAAUUCACCCUUACAGUCCUUGAUAGCAGUCAGUACUCAUGGCUAAAAGGAACUGUAUGGUUUCUGAGUGAUGAG